UCGCCACUGUACAUGUCCCUGCUCUGUUUCUGGCCAAUUUUUUUUAACUGUAGACAUUCUUUCCAAUUGAGAAAGAACGAUGUCUAAUGGAAGACCGUCCUUGAUUUUUCUUCUGUUUUUUAUCUUCUUCUUCCGGGACAGCAUCUGCAUUUGUGACGGAACAACCUGGACAAAGGCUGGGUGGGAAAUUUUUCCAGAAGAAGUUCACUAUCUGAAAGUUAAGCCUGCUCCAUCUCAGUGUCUGCCUUACCCUUUGAACAGACUAUGCUGCAACUUUGCUAACAAGGAUAUAUUUCAGAGUUGUCUACACCUCUUUUUUAUUUUAGCACAAGCUGUCUUCGCAAUCCUGUCUGUUUUAUCUAUGCACUACCUGUGGAUGAAAUGGAAAAAACACCAAAAAAAGCUGAAAAAGCAAGCUUCUUUAGAUAAAGUCGAAAGUGGUCUGAAAAGCCCCUCCUUCUACGACAUUGACCAAAUUAUCUGCAAACUGCUGGCCACCUCAUCAAUAAUGAACGAGUACCUGAAAGAGGUGUCACAACGCUCUAAGGAACACAAACUGAGGAGGAGGAAGAGCGAAGAACCAGCUAGAGGCAGACGAUUCUAAACAGAAGAAUACUUAAAUGUAGUUAAGUCAAAUAUGGAGAUUACAAAAGAAAUCUAU